CCCCGGCCAGCCCCUAUGACGUGUGUCCAGGGUACUUAUCCGGGUUUAAAGCGAAAGAAGCCGGUUGUCGAGCAACGUCAGGCCGCUGGCCCAAGCGAUUACGUUUAGUUUUUGUUUCAAGUCUAACGUUUUUUUUUUUAGGUAUAAUGGCUCUUUGAAAUGGCGCAGAAAGACACGCUGUUACAUCUUUUCGCAGGGGGAUGUGGUGGAACCGUGGGUGCCAUCAUGACCUGCCCCCUGGAGGUGUUAAAAACCAGACUACAGUCAUCUGGCCUCACCCUCAGACCUGUUUUCCAGGUGCAGCUGGGCACAUUCAACGGUGCUGGUGUCAUUAGACCGGGACCCGUCACCCCUGGCCUGCUACAGGUGUUACGGUCGAUUCUAGAGAAAGAGGGACCAAAAUCUCUAUUCAGAGGAUUGGGCCCAAAUCUUGUUGGUGUUGCUCCCUCAAGGGCCAUCUAUUUUGCAGCUUAUUCAAAGUCGAAAGAGGCUUUCAAUGGCAUUUUUGUGCCAAACAGUGGAAUUGUGCACAUAUCCUCGGCUGGCUUUGCAGCAUUCGUCACAAACUCCCUGAUGAAUCCCAUCUGGAUGGUCAAAACAAGAAUGCAGCUUGAGAGGAAGGCACUUGGGGAGAAGAAAAUGAACACAUUACAAUGUGUGCGGCAUGUGUACAAGACUGAAGGUAUGCGAGGUUUCUACCGGGGCCUGACAGCGUCGUACGCUGGCAUUUCAGAGACCAUGAUCUGCUUCCUUAUUUACGAGACGCUGAAGAAGCACCUAGCACAGAGUCGAUUCACCACACCUGACACAGACACAGAAAAAGGCGCUUCAGAUUUCCUGGGCCUCAUGGUAGCUGCUGCAUUUGCCAAGGGUUGCGCCUCCUGCAUCGCUUAUCCACAUGAGGUAAUUCGGACAAGACUAAGAGAAGAGGGAAGCAAAUACAAGUACUUCUUUCAGACGGCGCGCCUUGUGGCAGUGGAAGAGGGAUACGCAGCUUUUUACAGAGGACUCAUUCCACAGCUCAUCAGACAGAUCCCCAACACCGCUAUAGUGCUGUCCACCUAUGAGCUCAUUGUCCAUCUGCUGGGAGAACCCUCCAAAUAAAGCUGAACACUACAAGCACAAAGAUACUUUUGACCAGUGGACAGAAAAGAAUCCAUUUUUGAACAGGGAUGUUUAUUUGAGUUACCUAAAGACUUUAAAGAGCUUUUUUUAUUUUGCGUUGACUGCAUAUGUUAUCAGAACUGUUUUGCUUGUUUGUGUUCUGUAAAUGCCCGUAUUGCAUAGCUACUCCAAGAUGUUUGUGUAUACUGUAUCAGUGUAUUGCAAAAAGUCAUCUGAAUAUACAAAUAGUGCUUUUAAGUUAACUAAAUUAUUCUUAUUAUAAGUAGAAGCUUAUUUUUUUUUUUGAAAUCCUUGGACCUAUGGUCUGUUAUGUCGAAGAGUUCUGGAGUUAAUCAUUAAUUGAUCCGGGUUUAUUAUGAAGUUCUUGGAAGAAAUGCAAAUGAUACUGUAAUGAGGGCAUAGGAUGGCUUGUUAGGAGCCGAUAAGUUCACGUUGCAAUAUUUUUUAAAUAUUUUCCUGCUUCAUGACAAGUAGUAGCACUGGAAUUUGACCAGACAAUUCCUUUCACCUCUUUACUAGAAACCUAACAUCUGUUAACUGUAUGUUAAGUUGUUUAUCUUUUACAGAAAAUGAGGGCCUUGAUGCACAUGCUGCUGUUGGUUUAAUAAAAUAAAUUAUGGAAGUUA